UUGUCUCUUUCUAAAGGAAAACAGCGGAUAUGUCUAAUCAUUCUGAAUCAGCCUCCUGAUAAGGACCACCUACACAUCUUAUGGAAUAAAGCUCUCUUGAGGGCAUGUGCGGAUGGAGCUGCCAACCACCUUUACAACAUCACCGCUGGAAGUCGUGACAACUUUCUCCCCGACUAUAUCAGCGGGGAUUUUGAUUCCAUUACUGCUGAGGUCAAGGCAUUCUAUGCAGACAAGGGCUGCAGGCUAAUAGAAACAGCAGACCAGGAUCUAACAGACUACACCAAAUGUCUUGCAGUCAUGGUGGAUGAGAUUCAGAAGCGGGAACUACAGGUGGAUACUAUCGUGACUCUGGGUGGUCUGGCAGGCCGGUUUGACCAGGCCAUGGCUUCCAUUGAGACGCUCUACCACGCUCAGUCCAUGACACAGCUCCCUGUUUUGAUCAUACAGGAAGCAAGUUUGGCUUAUCUGCUUCGACCCGGGAGCCACAGACUGGAGGUGAACACAGGUCUGGAGGGCGACUGGUGCAGCCUCAUUCCAGUGGGUGGACCCUGCAACACAAUCACCACAGGACUCAAAUGGAACCUGAGUGAGUCCUUUCACUUCAUUCAUUAG